AUGCCAGGCGGGCACUGGCUCGGCCUCCUUUCCUCGGACCUUAGAGCCUACUCUGACUCCUGCUCCCCUUCCCGAUUUCCAGGUAUCCUGCUGCAGGAGGAGAAGCUGGACUCGGUGGCUCUGCUGUACCUGACGUCCCUCCCUAGCUUCUGCCUGCUGCUGGGCACUGCCCUGGUGCUGGAGGUGGGCAGCGCCGGGCCAGUCCCGGCCCCUGCCGACCAUCGCCUUUGGCUGCUCAUUCUGCUCAGCUGCCUGGUCUCGGUCCUCUACAACCUGGCCAGCUUCUCCCUGCUGGCCCUCACGUCGGCCCUCACCGUCCAUGUGCUGGGCAACUUCCACGUGGUGGGCAACCUGGCCCUGUCCUGGCUCCUGUUUGGGAGCCGCCUGAGUGGCCUCAGCUACGUGGGCAUCGCCCUGACGCUGGUGGGGAUGUUUCUGUACCACAACUGCCGCUUGGUGGCCUCUUGGUGGACCCUGUGGUGGACGGGCCGGCCCGUCAGAGCCCUGUGAGGGGAUGGCUGUGCCCGUCAGAGAGCCGUGCCCGGGGCUGGGCUCACCGGCUCUGGGCUAGUCCGUCCUUAGCUCGUCUCCAACAGGAUGGGGCCUGGCCGCUUCGACCAACAGCCCCAAGAAGGGGGGCUCGAACUGGGAUCCGGCGGCCCCUUGCCAGGAAGGACCUUCCAGGAAAGCAGCCGGGGGGAGGGCAGGCAGGGAGCCCGAUGGGUCCCCCUGAACCCUCCGUUCUCCAGGACCUGAUUAAGGGUUGUAAAGAGCCUGCCUACCGCAUGAGGGACUAGUGGGGGGAUUAUCACCCUCAUUUUACAGAGGGGGAGACUGAGGCUGUGAGAGGCAAUGUGACUCGUCCUGGGCUCUAUCCCUGCCCCGCCUGGUCGGCUGCAUCGGUCUGGGGCAUGGCAAGCCCCAAGUUCAGGCACAGGGGAGCCUUCACUUUCCCUGAUCUGUGCCUCAGUUUCUCCUUCUGCUAAAAGAAGAUAUAGCUCGCUACAGAGGGGUCAGAGGAGAAUGUUGAUGCAGACGAGUAAAGGGAUAAUCAUUAGCUUUCCAGCCGUACUCGUUAAGACGAAAUAGCUGGUGGGACGAUUUCAUAGCAGUAUCUUGGAGAGGGCCGGAAGUGCUGGCCGGGAAAGCCUGGCCUGGGGCAGGGCUGGGAGUGGGGCCCCCUCGGCCUCGCCCCCCUGUAUCUCUGCUGCUAAAGACUGGGGGUGCAUCCCCGGCCGGAGUCCCCACUGCCACCCCCUCCCCCCCACGGGGCUGCGGCAAAGGCCAAGGGGGCCUCUGCCAGCUCCCAGGCCGGCCGGCCACAGAUGGGGAUUCCCCUGGGCAGGGGCUAAUUCCGUCCUCCAAUAAAGCACUGUUUGGUUC